AUGACUGACUACCAUUACCAGGCCGCCGGCGGCAUUGGAAAAGAGGCGGUGUUCGCCUUUGCCGAAGCGGGCGCCGAAGACAACAUAUGCGCCGAUCUCAAGGGCAACGAGCCACCCGCGUCGCCGAAAAAAUCUUUGGUCGAUUUUGCGGUCCAGGAAUUUGCAAGAAUAGACUAUCUCGUCAAUGCCGCUGGCGCAAGAACGGAAACUUCCAUCUCAAAAGCAAGACUAACGCGCGCAUCUCACAUCGACGUCGAGGCCGUGGUCCCCUCCCACCUGACCUCAGACGCAGACCUCACCCGCGUCUUCGACGUCAACGCCCGAGGCGCCUUCCUCCUCUACAAAGCCGUCGCCCAGCAUUGA